AUGGUGUUGGUUAGCGCGCGAACCGCUCUGCACGUUUUGUUUAUAAAAAUAAUUGUUUUUAUAAAAAAAAACAUGAAAAACCAGGAUUUGGUGGACUACUUAAGGUCCUGCGGUGUAUGCGGGGUUUGCCAGCUACGUUACCUGAAGGCCAGGGGCUCGGAGUACAAGGAUGUUAAGGAAACUCUGCGAAAGUUGGAUGUAGAAGUGAAUGAAAUUGUGGAAAAUGGAGAGGCUGCAAUAUCCCCCGAAGAUCGACCUGCUAAGAAAGCCCGCCGAGGCAUUUGUUCUACGUGCCUGGGCUUAUUCUCAGAAGACUUUCAGAUGGAGCUCCUGGCUGGUAUUUUGGCUUCGGACUUUGCCAAAUACGACUGCCAGAAAAUAGUUUUGGCCAUUUGCUUGCCCAUGUCCCUGCAGUUAAAGCAGUUGGCCAUGUGGUUUGCCUUGCAGAGGAAAUUUGGAGCAGCUGUAGACGGUAAUAAUCCCCCAGAUGUGCCCAUUAAAGAGGCUGUAAAGCUGAUCCUUCACCCAAUAAUCUGUGAAAAGUUGUCUAAGGAGUACGAUGCCAACGGUCUGAUGAUAAAUAUAGACCUCACUCACAAACUGGAGGACGAGGAGGUGGAGAAACUGGUGAAAUUAAACAAGGAUGCCUUUCCCGCCAAGGCUGCGUAUCAGAAAAGGAUUGAAAUCUCGAGAGGUUUGCUGGAGAAGCAAUAUCAACCCUCCAAAGUGAAGGCGGAAACCUUUGAGAAAUAUUUCGAGAUACCUUGCUCGACCGUGGAGGAACCUCUGAAGCUAACUUCCAUAGAUCUGCAAGGCCCCUUGGUAUGUGUGGCUGGCAGAUAUCGAAAGUUGAGCAGGGAACUUUCGCACACUCCCUGGGUUAUGAAUGGCCAAAGACUAAUGGAGGACAGUAUUGAGGAAAUAAUCAUCAGACAUGUGGGUCCCCAUUUCACAGAAAGGCUGGACAAAAUCACCUUUAUGUCGAGUGGCAGAGAGGAUGUGGAUGUCCGAUGUCUGGGAAAGGGCAGGCCUUUUGUUUUGGAAAUACCAAAUGCGAUAAGAAGCUGUUUAAGCAAAGAGAAGGCCUACAAGAUGGAACAGGCUGUGGAUACAUCUGGAAAAGUGUCCGUACUUAAUUUACAAGUCGUGGCUAGAGAAGAUUUAACCCAGAUAAAGACUGGGGAAGAACAGAAAAAGAAAUUCUAUCGCGCUCUUUGCGCUUUAAAAGAACCUGUUUCGGUAGAGAUCUUGAGUAAACUGCAAAUUCCACAGAGCUUUGAUAUACAGCAAAAGACCCCUAUAAGAGUGCUUCAUCGUCGUCCUUUGCACACGCGUCCUAGAACGAUUUACAGUGUCAAGGCAAAAGUGCAACGUGGGAACCCCAAAGCUCUGGUCAUCGAUAUUGUCACCCAAGCGGGAACUUAUAUAAAGGAGCUAGUUCAUGGAGAGUUUGGCAGAACCACGCCGUCAUUGUCCUCGAUCCUAGGCAAACACAUCGAUAUACAAGCUCUGGAUGUGGUAGGAAUCGAUUUGGAAUGGCCACCAGAGGUAGACAAUUCAACACCUACAGAGGAAGGAGCUACAAAUAUAAGAUAAAUCAUAUUUAAGUGACUUUUAAAUAAAGAUUUGUAAGAAAUUAA